AUGCAGUAUCACAACGUCCUUAACGUCUUCCAGUGCAACGAGCAGCUCGAGCACGAACACAGUCACCCAGACAAGCUCAACAAGCACAAACAGCACGAAGACCACAACCAGUACCAGCAGAACAAGCACCAGCAGCAUCACCGCCAGCACCACGAGCAACUUCACCACCAGCACCACGAGCAACUUCACCACCAGUACCACGAACAAAUCCGAGUCUGCUACAGCUACAUCCACAUCGAUCACAUCCACCAGAACGUUGACAAGCAGCUUGACAAGCACCACGGGCAACUUCACCACCAGCACCACGAACAAAUCCGAGUCUGCUACAGCUACAUCCACAUCGACCACAUCCACCAGAACGUUGACAAGCAGCUUGACAAGCACCACGAGCAACUUCACCACCAGCCCCACGAACAAAUCCGAGUCUGCUACAGCUACAUCCACAUCGAUCACAUCCACCAGAACGUUGACAAGCAGCUUGACAAGCACCACGAGCAACUUCACCACCAGCACCACGAACAAAUCCGAGUCUGCUACAGCUACAUCCACAUCGACCACAUCCACCAGAACGUUGACAAGCAGCUUGACAAGCACCACGAGCAACUUCACCACCAGCCCACGAACAAAUCCGAGUCUGCUACAGCUACAUCCACAUCGAUCACAUCCACCAGAACGUUGACAAGCAGCUUGACAAGCACCACGAGCAACUUCACCACCAGCACCACGAACAAAUCCGAGUCUGCUACAGCUACAUCCACAUCGAUCACAUCCACCAGAACGUUGACAAGCAGCUUGACAAGCACCACGAGCAACUUCACCACCAGCACCACGAACAAAUCCGAGUCUGCUACAGCUACAUCCACAUCGACCACAUCCACCAGAACGUUGACAAGCAGCUUGACAAGCACCACGAGCAACUUCACCACCAGCCCCACGAACAAAUCCGAGUCUGCUACAGCUACAUCCACAUCGAUCACAUCCACCAGAACGUUGACAAGCAGCUUGACAAGCAGCCUGACAAAUACUGUGACAAGUACUGCCACCAGUACACUCUCUACCGCUACAACUUAUACUCAAACCAGCACCAGCACACUAGGAACGAGAACAAGUCUCACAAGUCUCAGCGUCACUUCCAUGGGGAGUACGACCAGCGCUGUUACAAGGCUGACCACAAACACGAUCACCGUCACUAGCACCGCUACAGCCGCAACUGACACGACUUCGACGACCGGAUCUGUAGCAUCUUUGAGCGGUGCUGGUGCUGGUGAUGCUGGUGCCACAGUCACUUCGACUCCAAGCACAACUCUUUCUGCCCUCACUUCGACAAGCUCGACAACUUCGACAGUUUCGGAGUGUUUAUCCGAUUGCAGUUCGAGCAUUUCGACAACCUUCACCAGGACAGAAGCAUCGCCAGUGAGUGCUACGGCAUCGCUUUUAUUCAGCGACUCCAUUGAUCCGCUGGAGGAAACGCAGGAGACUCAGGAGCCUCAGGAGGUCUCACAAGCCAGCGUCCUGGUUCCAGCAUUAGCCGCAGCUUCCGUCGUCAUUUGCUGUGUCUUUGGAUGUUUGCUUGUCAAGUUGCGGAAAGCCUGCAAAGAACGAGCAAAGGUUGCUCCGAAAGACUCUGAGAAGAAUCGCUAUGAGGCCUUUGUUGAUGUGCUGCCUGGAGAGGUGCACAGCGUGUACGAUGCUGACAAAGAACUUCCAGGCGAAAUCGGCGAGGAAUCCUCCGGAGACAGCCAAGCUGAUGCACAGGAGGGUGAGGACGCACCAGAUGAAGAAAAUCGUGUUCAAGAUGUUCAAGAAGAGCAUGAAAACGAUGCAAAGCAGGCGAAGGUUCGGAAAGGCUUCAGGGACAGGUUACAACCAACAUUUUCUGUAUUUGGAGUACCGGCCCUUUAG